AUGAAAUUGUUGUUCAUUUUUGGUUUACUGCUAAUAAGCGGCUUAAUCUGCAAUGCCCAAUAUAAAAAUGGCGGCGGUGGUGGAGGUAAAUAUGGUGGUGGUGGAGGAGGAGGGGGAGGUCCUGUAGGUGGAGGCGGUGGUGGUAAAUAUGGUGGUGGCGGUGGGGGAGGAUAUCCCGUAGGUGGUGGUGGUGGCGGAGGUAAACAAGGAGGAGGUGGUGGUGGUCCAUAUGGUGGAGGUGGUGGCGGUGGUUCUUACGGAGGAGGCGGUGGUGGCGGUAGCAAAAAAUACGGUUAA